GUCUGAAAACAGCAUCGUAAAGUCAUCUUUACUCACAGAACAAUUACGAGCCAGGUAAUAAAAUAAUUAUCGUUAGCUGAUGAAUGAAUUGCACCUUCGAUCUUCUGAAGAUCACUCGACGAAAUCGAGGCAGAGGAGCCUUGGCGAUCGCACGCGGCAGAUCGCGUGAGUAAUUUUCGUGCGAUAAAAUUGUCGACCGUGGAAACGAACAUGCCUGGAGGUGUCGUAUUCCUGGUUUGCAUUCCCACUCUGAGCUACGAGCACGAACUUGUGUUCGGCGUGCCGCUGAAGCGAUCGAAGAAGAUCGAGAAGAGUAAGAAUAAAAUCGCGACGCCGAAGGUGGAUCUUCGAUUGAAGGAAUCGAAAAACCGCGCGCAAUUGCUUACGCUCGACGAUGAUGGUGACGAUGACGACGAUGUCGGCAUCGAUGUCGGCAUUGACUCUAGGAAUCGUGCUCGCGGAUACCCCACACGAUCGAAAACGCCGGUCUUUGUGUCGAUGGAAACGGUGUUGGAAGAACUACUCAAAAAGCUAAGGAUAGAACACGUCGUGUGGUGCAAAGAUAAGGAAGACAUGUAUUACGAGGUGAUAUUUCCGGUGCCCGCCGGCGACCCCUGCGAAAAUUGCAUACAUUGCCUCACCGAGAUGGGUAUUGGCGUUAAAAUGAACUCGAUAGUGAGCGUAAUCCCAACGCAAUGUACGUACAGCGGUGUGGAUGGGACAGGAUUGCUGGCUGUGAAGGACGACGUUGCUCGCAGACGGAAAGAAUCGGAGGAUCGAAAGAACGCUUGGGAGGAUUUCGUAGGAUCUAUUAGAUCGAAAUUGACGGUGAAACAAGUGGUCGAUGGCGUCCGCAGUGGCGGUGAUCUCAGUUUCGAUUACGUGUGCCUGGUAUUAACCGCGGACUGUCUCGCUGCACUUGGUCUCGUCGAGAACAGUGCAACUAAUGUCGUUGCAGCCAUGCUAGUUUCUCCCCUCAUGGGACCUGUGAUGUCUCUGACUUUCGGGACGAUCAUAGCCGACAGAGACCUGCAACUGGUCGGCCUGAAAAGCUUGAUGCUCGGUAUCUUCUUAUCGAUACUCUUCGGCUUCAUAUUCGGCCUUAUCCUUGGCACAACCGAAAUGCCUUGGGGCUACAACGACUGGCCAACCGACGAAAUGAAGGGCAGAGGCAACUAUAGAUCGCUCUGGAUGGGUGUUCUCUGGGCUCUUCCAUCUGGCACAGGUGUCGCAGUCGCUCUGCUGCAAGGCAGUAAUGGACCGUUAAUUGGCGUCGCCAUAUCAGCUUCAUUGCUACCGCCAGUCGUUAAUUGCGGUUUGUUUUGGGCCCUGGGAUGCAUAUGGCUCAUAUAUCGACCCAUAAAAAUGCCGCACAUCAAAGGCGAAUCUUAUACAAACUUUAAUAGCUCCUAUACAUAUAUCUACAGCGAUUACUUGCCCGUAGAAUUCUUCUGCAAUGGCAUUAUCAGCGCGUGUCUGACAUUUAUCAAUGUAAUGUGCAUCUUUAUUACGGCGAUAAUAGUCUUGAAGAUAAAAGAAGUGGCCGCACCAUACACAUCCACGCCGGAACUACGUCGAUUCUGGGAACACGAUAUCCGGCUGGUUCGCGAUAAGAAUAUCUCUAGAGAUAACAGUUCCUUGGAUUCGAGUUUCUACGAUGGGCUGAGUAAAACAAAGCAACGAGCGUUGGAACGCACGUUAAACGAAGCAGUCAGGGAAGCGAUGAACGAUGAAACCUUCCGAAAAGUACAAAGGGUCAGUUACGGCCAACACGGACCAGAAGAGAUUGGCUCUCGACUUGGUCUUCAUGGUCGCGGAACCGCGGGUAGAGGUAACAUAAAUGACGGUGGAAACGUCGAAGAAAUAAUAGGUGGAGAUCAAAAGUCGCACAAAGGCUUAGCGAAUUCUGGCAAUACAAGCGAGGACUUGAUCGCAUUGGAUCGUUUAAUAACAUAUCUCCUGAGCCAGCCAAGCAAUUCCACUGGCAGCAAUUUGGAUUCAUGGAGACGCUCGCAUCGAGCUAGUUUACGAGGCUACAGACAAUUACGUGGCACCCCCGCUGAUAUUGCGGAAACCGGUGGCGUUGGCACAACGCCCCUUUAAGCACAAGUUGACAUUUAAAGAAGAGCCAACAUCGCAUAUAAAAAUAGCAUUACAACAGCUGGUGUUAAUUUAAAUGUCAUAAGUGUAAAAUGAAAUUGUAAUAAGGACAAGGAACACAUAUAGAAACGUUAAACAAUUUUUGCUAAAGAUAUGAUAGAUAUUAUUGAUAUUUGCAUUUGUAUCACAAUUUACACAACGUAGCGAAUAUAUAUAAGAACUUUAAA